CAUCAGCACUCACCAGAAUGGAGGGCGGCCCAGAGCAGCUCCAACUGGGCAAGGCACUGGAGGAGGCAGGGGCUAGGCGGGCCGUGGCUGAAAUCCAGGAGCUGGCUCUGAAGUGGUUCAUGGAGACCCAGGCCCCCUCCAUCAUGCAGAAUGGAGCUCUGCCCCCCUGGUUUCAUGGAUUCAUCACUCGAAAGCAGACAGAGCAGCUACUCAGGGACAAAGCCCUUGGUUCCUUCCUCAUCCGCCUCAGCGACCGGGCUGUCGGCUACAUCUUGUCCUACAGGGGUAGUGAUCGCUGCCGCCAUUUUGUCAUCAACCAGCUGCGAAAUCGACGUUACCUUGUCUCAGGAGACACCCUCAGUCACAGCACCCUGGAUGAGCUCCUACGCUAUUACCAGGCGGUGCAGCUUGAGCCUUUUGGGGAGACCCUUGCUGCUGCUUGCCCACGGCUAGAGGAAAAUGAUCUCUACGAUGCCAUCAACACGGGCCUCCAGCAGACUAAUCUAGGCCUGGAAAUUCCAGCCAUGGAAUUUCCCAGCAUGCUCCCUGACAAGGCCACCAGUCCCCGCCUUCCUGCAAAGCCCCAGGUCUCCUUUCUGCACACCAAGAAAGCCCUAGACAUGAGUUCCCGGUCCGUCUCGGAUGAGGAGAGAGCAGAGGUACCCACUAGAGUGCCCCCCAUUCCCCAGAGGAGUCCCUCUCUUCUGGAUGAGUAUUCUGACGGCCCCAGUGACAUCGUCUAUGCAGACCUGAAGAAGAUGAAACGGGCACAGCCAGGCCUGGGCACAGAGGUAUGGGGCAAGCACAGGCCAGCUCCUGCUGGCAGCUUGGCUUGUUCGCCAGGCAAGGAGCCCUCAAGGAAACUCUCAGAUGAAGAUCAGAACAGGCCCAAUAGCACAGGAUCUGCCCCAUCUGGGGUGAAGCCAGACCAAAGCUCUACAAUGCCUUAUACUUCCUUGGGAUAUUCCCUCCCCGAGAGUUCUGAGGCCCUAGGAUCACAGGCUACUACUUGGAGGCAGGGGUUUCUGAAGCUGAGCCACGAGGCACAGUCCUCCUCUGAAGCCAGCUCUACAGAUACCUACCGGCUUGUUGAGACAUCAGGCCUACAACAAGAGGGUAGGGACAGACCAGACCAAAAAAGCAGUACUUAUGAGCAGAUUCCAACCUGCUGGUAUGGCACUGCCAAGCUCCCAUACCCUGGAGUUAGUUCUACAUACAGCCAACUAUCAGGGCCGAUGGACUGUGGCUAUGAGAAGAUUUCAGGAACCUCACAGCGCCCAGAGCCAGGGAACACCUAUGAGCAAAUCCCAGCCACCAAGAACAAGGACACUGGAAAAGUGCACAAGCCUGACAAGUUCCGGAGGCUCUUCUUCACAGACAAGAAGCACAAGUUCUGAGGAAAGGCCUCAGAGGGUAUCCACACUGCACCAGGGAUUACUGGAUACCCUCAGCUCACUUGAAGGUAUGACUCAACCAUCCACUGUGGAACCAGGCUCCAGGAUGUAGCCUAGGUACUUAUCUAAGAAGGCACAGGAGAGACCUUGCAGCAGCCUGCAGCUCCUGGAUGUCUCUUCAAUGCUGUCCAUCCACACAAUGAAGGAAUAAGGCCAGCAAGAGUGGGGACUUACUGAAGGAAAGGCUGGAUGAACAUGGAGAGGCCUGGGCUGAUUGACCAAGCUCGCCUCACACCUCAGAUACUUAACAAGUAUGUGGCAGGCCCCUUGCCAAGACAGACAUUUUCCAGACUGGCUAAAUGACAUCAUGCUAUUACUUCUGAGCACAAAACCAGUUCCCUUCCUCAUGGCCUUGCCGGGAGAUCGGGAGAUCGGGAGAUUGGGGGAGACAGCCAGGAGCCACAUCCCCCACACCUGCCCCAGAAACAUUAGAUCCAGAAGCUUGUGAUGCAGCAGCCAAGGUCCAACCUCAGAAGCCACACGGUUCUAACCCAGCAGCAGGCUGGACUCCUGGGAACCACCCCAGCCCUUCCUGCCCCACUUCUCCAUCGUUAUCCUAGUUUCAGUAUACACAGAAACCUAUUUGCAGACAUGGUGAGGGUCUGCACAGAGACCCCCUCAAUCGGACUUAAGCUUGGAAUGUACUGCUGGGCAGCAUCUGAAGCCAGUCAGGGGACAUCCAAUGUCAUGCUUACGUGAGCAGGUCACCCCUACCUGCCCUCCGUCUCCAGCCAAUCCUGACCUUCGGAGCAACUCAGAUUCCUUCUGUGCAACCCACCAUGAACCUGGUGAUGUUGCCUCCAGAGACUUUUGGGAGUCAGGCUUUGCCCUGUUGCCAGUUUGGACUAGGACAUUCUUGCUCCAGCUGUUCCCUUUGCCAAGCUGGCUCUUCCGGGGAUUGUCCCUGUCUGGUACUGCUCCCCUUCAUCCAUGUGUCCCCCAAAUCCUUAGGGCGAGCAACUGGCCUGCUGUCUUCUCUCCACCCUGUCUCUACAAGCAGGAGGCAGAAACCAAGACCACUGUCCCCUCCCCAUCUGCCUCCACCCAGGCCCUGGGCAGAACUGGGUCAGUGCACCCUGUGGGGAAAGCCACUCCUUGGUAGAUAUUUGGUUAAUGCACUGUUCUCUCUGAACUCUACGCGUCCCUGUCAACUUAGGGUGGUGGUGAAAAGUUUAAGAGUAGCAGGAAAACCCCGAGCCUAAGAACAGAGCGAUCUCUGUUGGCAGACAAAUCUAUUACUAGGGAAAUGGAAACCAUCCUCACCCAGCAUCCUGAAGCCAACGUUAGCAUCUGACACCGAGGGCAACACUUCGCCUAAGGCGUUAGGGACUGCCUGAAAGAAUACCACGGAACACUCCUCAUGCUGACAGACACGGAAAGUGCAGGACACAAAAGUGUUUUAUUUCUAGGAGUUCACAAAUCUGAGGUCAGCACACAUCAGUGAUACCAGGUCAUCGGGGAGGUGGAGGUGGAGUGUUCAAGACACAGGGGCAGAGCCCUUUGGACCUAACUGCGUAUACAGCUUCACAUUGGGAAAGUAUGGGGAUGGAGAUGGGUACAACCCAGUCUUGGCUUUGGUAAAAGAUUGCAUAGCUUGUUAAA